AUGGCCUCCGCCGGUCGUCCUGCAACCCGUCGAUUCCUCAAACCUCUUGUUUACUCUGCAGCCGCCCUCGCUGGUGUCGGCGGGACGCUAGUCUACCUGUCCUAUCGUCCCAUAAACGUCCCUGGCUCUCAGGGAGCCAUCGUCCCCCUCCGCCGGACAGAUGAUGGAACAAUCAUACCGCCAACCUUCCCCUUGAUCAAGGCUCGCGCGGAGCAGAUUGCCGAUUUGAGAAAGAGUGGCGGUUUGGUUGGAGCGGCCCCUGAGACACCUCUCACGCAACAGUUGAGGAACAGCUUUGAUCGAUUGAGAGGCGCGACCAGCGACGACAAAGACGAGGCCUUGCCGGCGGAGCAAGAAGCCGGUGAACCGUAUGAUCUCUUGAUCAUUGGAGGAGGAGCUACAGGAUCCGGUAUUGCCCUUGACGCGGCAACCCGCGGUCUGAGGGUCGCCCUGGUCGAGCGCGAUGACUUUGCCGCGGGCACGAGCAGCAAAAGCACGAAACUCGUCCACGGCGGUGUCCGGUAUCUCGAAAAGGCUGUCUGGGAACUCGAUUACAAUCAAUAUGCGUUGGUCAAGGAAGCAUUGCGGGAAAGGAAAUAUUUCCUCGAAACCGCCCCUCAUCUCUCAAUGUGGCUCCCCAUCAUGAUUCCCCUACAGAAAUGGUGGCAGGCUCCUUAUUUCUGGGCGGGCACCAAAUUUUACGACUAUUUAGCCGGGAGUGAAGGCAUUGAAACCAGUUACUUCCUGACCAAGAGCAAGGCUUUGGACGCGUUUCCCAUGCUGAAAAAAGACAACUUGGUUGGCGCACUCGUAUACUACGACGGAGCACACAAUGACAGUCGGAUGAACAUUUCUAUCGCCGCCACGGCUGCUCUUUAUGGUGCGACGAUCGUAAAUCACAUGGAAGUUACGAGCUUGACGAAAGAUGAAAAUGGCAAAUUAAAUGGCGCCGUCGUUCGAGAUGUGGUCGCAGAAAAGAACGGUGAAUUCACAGCGCCUAUCACCGUACGGGCCAAAGGGGUUGUGAAUGCGACAGGCCCAUUCUGCGAUUCAAUCCGCAAGAUGGACGAUGGAAACGCCCAGGAUAUUGUCGCUCCCAGCUCUGGUGUGCACGUGGUUCUUCCUGGAUACUACAGUCCUCAGAAGAAUUCCAUGGGACUGAUAGAUCCUGCAACAUCAGACGGCCGUGUCAUCUUCUUUUUGCCUUGGCAAGGCAACACGAUUGCCGGGACCACUGACGCCCCAUGCCAUAUCACUCCACAGCCGAUAGCCGGGGAGGAAGAGAUCGGCUGGAUUUUGAACGAGAUCAAGGGAUACUUAUCCCCAGACAUCAAUGUGCGACGAGGGGACGUACUAGCUGCCUGGUCCGGCAUUCGUCCUCUGGUCAAGGAUCCUAAAGCGAAGAACACAGAAUCGCUCGUUCGAAAUCAUCUCGUGACCGUGUCCGAGUCGGGCCUCCUUACGUGUGCUGGAGGUAAAUGGACAACAUAUCGUCAGAUGGCGGAGGAUGCAGUUGACGAAGCCAUCAAACAGUUCAAACUGCAAACGAAACCUCUCACCGCUCCGAGAAGAAUCAGUGGCACAGAAAUGGUCGAUGACGCUGCUCCUCUUGAUGGGACGUGCCAAACGCACCAAGUACGACUUGUGGGAGCCCACGGAUUCUCCAAAACACUUUUCAUCAACCUGAUCCAGCACUUCGGAAUCGAGACCGAGGUGGCCAAGCAUCUCGCUGAAGCCUACGGUGAUCGCGCUUGGACAGUCGCGGCACUUUCAAGCCCUACCGACGAAAGAUUUCCCGUUCGCGGUAAGCGACUGUCGCCACUCUAUCCGUUCGUUGAUGGAGAAGUCCGGUAUGCGGUCCGACAUGAAUUUGCCCAGAGAGCCGUGGAUGUCAUUGCCAGGAGAACCAGACUGGCAUUCCUCAACGCCCAGGCCGCGUUAGAAGCGUUGCCCAGGGUUAUUGAUCUAAUGGCCGAAGAGUUGAACUGGGACAGGAAGAGGAAAAAUCUAGAAUGGAAAGAAAGUGUGGCCUUUUUGGCCUCGAUGGGUCUACCCACGAGCAAGCUGGGCGUUUCCCGAAGAGAUGUUGAAAGAGGCAAAGCGGGCUUCGCAGACGAGUACGAACGAAAACUGUACUCGAGAUACGGUGGCCCGGCUGAUACUCUUGAGAGCGAUUCGAGAUUGGUAUCAGGGCAAAAUCCUGUCCUCGGGUAA